AUGUCGAGGACGAGGCGCGGGACACCGCGCCUGACGAGUCGGGCGUGCGCGACUCGUCCAAGUGGGCGGAGGAAAGCAAGUCCGAGGACGAACGGACAAGAUGGUACCAGUACUUUGUGUGGGGGUCGAUCUGGGUGUUCGCGGCGCACGUCCUGCUCGGCAACGAAAUCGAGUUUGACUGCGAAUAAAAUGAAACCAACAAGACGCCCCCUUCUCGCACGCGGCUCAGCGGAUAAUGCCCAUGUUCGGCAUGCGGCGGCCCCUGCGGCUGGCCUCCGUCUUGAUCUUCUUCACACGCGCCGUACGACUCGCAAUGUAAUGAGUCUUAUCAUCGAUCUCAUCCACCAGCUCCGUCGACCGCUGCGCCCAGCCCUUGAGCACGGCGAUCAUAUCGGCGAUCCCCCUCGGCGGCAGCACAUCCCUCCAGACGGCGCUGAAAAUCUGGACGCGGCUCUCCCUGUGAUCCAUCCUAGCCCUGACCAGGCCAGAGUACACGACGUGCAGCACGACGUCCUCGACCUGUCGCACGGUCACGGUCUCCACGGCCAGGCGUGUCAUGAGGUGCGCGUACUCCAGGUCGUUGUUGCCGUCCGCCAAGGACACGAGCGUGAGUAUGAUGUAAUGGACACUCUGGUCAAUUCAAUGAUGAUCUGUUUGGUCCAAUUUUAA